AUGCGCGUUAUCUCAACAGUCGUCGACGCCAUCAAGGACCUCGUACAGGACUGCAACUUCGACUGCAAUGACUCGGGCAUCGCGCUCCAGGCCAUGGACAACUCGCACGUCGCACUUGUUUCCAUGAUGCUCAAAUCCGAAGCCUUCGAUCCCUUCCGCUGCGACCGCAACAUCGCGCUCGGAAUCAACCUCGGUUCUCUUACAAAGGUUCUUCGUGCCGCUGGAAACGAUGACGCCCUUACCAUCAAGGCUGAGGACUCGCCUGAUGUCGUCAACCUGCUCUUCGAAUCCAGCACCACAUCGAGGCUGAGCGAGUAUGACAUUAAGCUCAUGGAUAUCGACCAGGAACAUCUCGGUAUUCCUGAGACGGACUACGCGGCAACAGUCUCGAUGCCAUCGGCUGAGUUCCAGCGCAUCUGCAGGGACCUAGGCGCAUUGUCCGAGUCAGGUACGUCCCGAACCAGACGCGACAGCGCGACAGCACACUAUACAACAAACUAA